CCGUGAGUCACUCCAGAUGUGCUCAAAAACAGAGUCUUUCUGUGGAAGCCCGGUCCCCCAAUCCCAGAGAGAGUUGGAUGAAGAGAGGUACCGACUCCUGUCCCACCCAGGACGCAGCCUUCAGCCUCCACCCUUCUGGGGCAGGGGAGGCAUCUCUGCACUUCUGCAAAGGAAAGACUGGGCAGCACACUGUUGUCUCCCUGGGAGGACUGGCACAGGCAUACCUGUAACUGCUGUGGUCCCAUUGGGUUUGAGGGUCCAUUUUUCACCCUCUUGGAAGAAAAGAUGCAUCGGAAGACGUUGCUGCUUCUGCUGUUAUAUUACAAUGCUCAGGCCACCGUGUCCCAUGGGUGGAGCAGGGCCGUGCUCUUCCCUGCUGCCCAUCGGCCAAAGAGGUCCUCAUCCAUGCCACCGAACCCCGUCCUGCAGACCUCCCUGGAGGAAGUGGAGCUGCUCUUCGAGUUCCUGCUGGCUGAGCUUGAGAUCAGCCCUGACCUGAAGAUCUCCAUCAAGGACGAGGAGCUCGCCUCCCUGCGGAAGGCCUCGGACUUCCACACCGUCUGCAACGACGUGAUCCCCAAGCGCAUCCCGGACAUCCGCAGGCUCAGCGCCAGCCUCUCCAGCCACCCUGGUGUCCUCAAGAAAGAAGACUUUGAAAGGACAGUGCUGACCCUAGCCUACACGGCCUACCGCACAGCCCUGUCCCAAGGCUAUCAGAAGGACAUCUGGGCCCAGUCCCUCGUUAGCCUCUUCCAGGCCCUGCGGCAUGACUUGAUGCGGUCCUCGAGUCCUGGAGCACCUCCCUGAGAGACUGGCCCACACCAGGACCUCGGAGCAGGGGCCAGCACACACAGUGAUCCAGAAAGUCUUCAUCCUCUACUCCAUUGACAGAGACCAGCAACAAAACAUGCACCUCUGACACAGAGUGGCAGAGACAAAAUAAGAGUAGCCCCAGUGCACUUUUACCCCUGUAGCUUCCUGGCAGACACAUCUGAUUCAUACCGUAAGGUGACCUGGGCUGGAAGAAAGGGCUGGAGUGGUGACCCAAGAUGCCUCCAGAGGAGGAAUGGUUUCCCAGGGGACAUGCAGAAGUCUAAGAUACGCAUCAGCGCAGAGUGAUUUUGCUACACACACCCAAGAGUGACAACAGAGCUAGAGGAGACACCACAGAGGUUUGGGGAUGCCAGGAAGACGGGAGACAGAUUCCUUUGGUCCUAAGGGACCGGGGUGCUGGGUUGAAUGAACAUUUUUCCAGAGGAUCUAUAGUAAAUAUAAAGUAACCAGAGCUAUAUCCAAAUAAAUAUAUUGUUAGCUAUGGAUAUACUUCUUGACUUUUCCAAAAGCCACCAAGAAGAAUCAGUUAGAAAAUCAGUAAUUUUAUGACCUAUAUCUCUUAACUCUUCUUUUAUGAAAACCGGUCUAACACAGAAGAGAAACAGGAAGGGGGCCCACAGAAAUGUUACCAGUCCAGUCAUGGUCUCUUUGGAGAAAUACUAGGAUGCAGGAAGAAGGAUGCCUUUCAUCAUCUGAGAAAAAUAAAACUUUACAUCUCAACAAUUCUCAGGCCCAGAAGAUCGAUGGCUGUCUCUUUUUCUCAUCCCCUGAUUAUACUGUCCUUCACGCCCUCAAAUGCAGGUUCUGAUCUAUGCUUUUUUGUUCAAUCUUUCUCUUUCUAACAUCACAUGUUCUCUCUGACAUGGUUACUCUGCUUGUCUUUUUCUUUCCUUUCAUUUCAGUCUGUGCCUCUGCUGCUCUGUAUUUGGGCCCAGUUCUGAAUAUCUUUGUGCUGUUUCUUGAUGCAUCUCCAAGUCUCCUCUGGUUGCCCCUCGCUCAGUGUCUGCCUGUCAUACUCCGACUCUCACUGUCUUUCAGUCUCCUCUGGGUAUCGCUGUCAGAAUAAAACAAAGGCCAACAUACAGACAGAGCUGAGAUCACCCGGGGGCAGAUCCACCUGAUAGCCCACCUUUGCUAUUUGUGCUUUUCCUGGAUGUGGGGUGGGGAGUGGAACACAGAUGGACUCUAUCCCUAGACAUUGUGCAAUACGCUGACAGAGUCUUGCAUCCUUCCCUGAGAUUCCACCUCCCUGAGAAUGGAUCUGAGAGCUUUUGUGUACUCAGAAUCAUCAGGUGGAAAGACUGCCCACCGUCUAUAUGACCGUUGUGGUAUAGAUGGCUGCUCCCAGUGGUAGGAGAUCUGUGAGUGGGAGGGAGAUGGGUCCGAGGACCAUUGGCAGCAAUGGUAGUUCAUUCACCCAACAACAAAAACAUUAAAGGGACUUUGUAUUCAUAAAUUGUGGCCUGAAUUUAUGUGGCAAUCAAUGACUUAAAAUACAAUAGAAAAUAAAGAAGGAUAUGACCUUUUUAAAGACAAGUAAAGAUUUCAUUCGCAGUAAAUAGAUUCUUAAACACUAUUUUACUCUGAAUACAUAUUAAUUUUUUACCCACAAAAAAUGUUAUAGCAAUGACUUCGUUGACAUACAGAAUCAAAUAUUGUGCUCACCACCACCACCACCGCCACCACCCAAAAAACCCUACUCUUUGCCUAAUGAGUAGAAAAAGCAGGCCAGACAGACUCUCCCAUUCGGUCUCAUUAGUGCCACAAUCUAUACAACCACAGUCACAGCUGGGUCACAUUUUGUCAUAUUUACUCAUAGAAUAAUUUGGGAGUAUGAUGUUUUAGUGGAAACUUGCCCAUGACUUAUGGAACCAUUUUGCCACCUUGAUUCUGCUGAGAAAUUUUAGGAUCUAAAAACUCUGACAGUUACCUCUGUAGUUGGCAUCCUUGCAACUAUCUCCAGGGCCACCCAAGAGACAUUGAGAAACAUCUAGGUGCUAAUACUUUCAUUGUCCUGUCAUCUCACCUUGAAUCUAAUGAAUCAGUCAAAAGUUUUUCUGCAGGUAAACUGGUCUAAAAUUGAAUGCUUGAUAAGUGACUUUGCACAACACUCCUGACUUUCCUAGUCCAUUGUAACGUAAAGUCUUACAUUUCUUUUGUCUAUUGUGGUAAAAAAAACACAUAACCCAAAAUUUACCCUCUGAAUCUUUUAUAGGUGUACAGUACAGCAGUGUUAAUUCUAUGCACAGUGUUGUGCAACAGACCUCUAGAACUUUCCCAUCUUGUAAAACUGAAACUCGAUACCCAUUGAACAACUGCCCUUUACCCCUUCCCCUAGUCCUUGGCAACAUCACUCUACUUUCUGUUUUUCAAGAGUUUGACUGCUUUCGAUACCUCAUACAAGUGGAAUCUGUCUUAUAUUGCUUGAACAUUGUAUUCUGGACUGUGUUUUCAUCAUCUGAAAAAUGGAUAGAGUCCCAGGGAGAACUACUGGUCUUACUGUGUCAUUCGCUUACCUAAUUUUAUUUAACAAUAUUCAUCUAUGGUGGAAUAAAACUGUCAUGA